AUGAAUGCACUGAAUGAGCCGAUAAAUUUCUUAAAGAAGGAUGAAAUAAAGAACAUAGACUUGAGUAGCAUGAGUAAAAAGGAGAGAUACAGAAUAUGGAAGAGAAUACCAAAAUGUGAGUUACAUUGUCAUUUAGAUUUAUGUUUUUCAUCGGAUUUUUUCCUCAACUGUGUACGUAAGUAUAAUUUACAGCCAAAUUUAUCAGAUGAAGAAGUGAUUGAUUAUUAUUUAUUUUCAAAAGGAGGGAAAUCAUUAGAGGAGUUUGUUGAAAAGGCUAUACGAGUUGCGGAUAUAUUUCAAGACUAUGAAGUUAUAGCAGAUUUAGCAAAACAUGCUGUAUUUAAUAAAUAUAAAGAAGGUGUAGUAUUAAUGGAAUUUCGUUAUGCUCCUACGUUUAUUGCAUUUAAGCAUAAAUUAGAUAUAGAAUUAGUACAUGAAGCUAUAGUUAAAGGAAUAAAAGAAGUAGUUGAACUGUUGGAUCAUAAUAUUCAUGUAGCUUUAAUAUGUAUAGGGGAUACAGGACAUGAAGCAACCAAUAUUAAAUUAUGUGCCGAUUUUUGCUUAAAGCAUAAAGAUGAUUUUGUAGGAUUUGAUCAUGGUGGAUAUGAAAUAGAUUUAAAGCAAUAUAGUGAAAUUUUUAAUUAUGUUAGAGAAAGUGGAAUACCGUUAACUGUUCAUGCUGGGGAAGAUAUUAAUUUACCAAAUUUAAAUACACUCUAUUCAGCUAUUGAAAUUUUAAAAGUUGAGAGAAUAGGACAUGGUAUUAGAGUUGUUGAAUCGAAAGAGCUUAUUAAGUUGGUAAAGGAAAAAAAUAUAUUAUUAGAAGUCUGUCCCAUUUCAAAUGUAUUAUUAAAAAAUGCAAAAUCCAUGGACACACACCCUAUUAGAAAACUUUACGAUGCUGGGGUAAAAGUAUCGGUAAACUCCGAUGACCCAGGAAUGUUUUUAACUAAUAUUAAUGAUGAUUACGAAGAAUUAUAUACACACCUUAAUUUUACUUUAGAAGAAUUUAUGCAAAUGAACGAAUGGGCUUUGGAAAAAUCUUUCGUGGAUGACAGCGUUAAAAGUAACGUGAAGGAGUUAUACUUUUAG